AUGGAAGCUAAAUUAUCUGUCAACCGGACCGAUGCUGUUCAAGACAAAUAUCUCUGCAAUGAAUCAGCUGCAGAUGUGCCUGACGAAGCUGUUAUUAGUUCACUUCUAUUGUGUGUGUUCGUGGGCUCUUUGUCAGUUCUGAUAACAUGUGGAAAUCUUCUGGUAAUAAUCUCCAUAUUUUACUUCAAACAGCUCCACACUCCGACCAACUACCUCAUCCUCUCCCUGGCUGUAGCUGACCUGCUUGUUGGAGUUUUGGUUUUACCAUUCAGCACAAUACUGUCUGUUAACUCAUGCUGGCACCUCACAGGUUUUCUCUGCAAGGUCCGAGGCACAUUUGAUGUGUUUCUGUGCACAUCCUCAAUUUUGAACUUGUGCUUUAUCUCUAUUGACAGAUACUAUGUGGUGUGUCAGCCUCUCACGUACAGAAGUAAAAUGAAUGCCCGGGUUACUGCCCUCAUGAUCCUGGUGAGCUGGGCCGCCCCUGCUCUGCUGGGUAUAGGUAUCACACUCCGUGGGAUAAACCAGAAGCCGUCAAAUAUGAGGUGUAACAUCUUCCAAAACACAAAGUCUGCUAUUGUAGGAACCUUUGUUGGAUUUUACAUCCCCGCCACUAUCAUUUUCUCACUCUAUCUCAAGAUUUUGACGGUGGCGCUGAGACAGGCUCGCAGCAUCCAGAACGCAACAAAGUGUGGAGCACCUGUCAAUAAGAUGGAGAGCAAGGCCACCAAAACUCUGGCUAUAGUUGUUGGGAUCUUUCUCACAUGCUGGGCUCCCUAUUUUCUUUGCAUGUCUUUUUACCCUUUGAGCAAAAACGCAAUUCCAGUUCCUAUGAUUGAGGCUUUCAAGUGGUUUGGAUGGUCAAAUUCAAUGCUCAAUCCAUUUGUUUAUGCAUUUUUCUAUAAGUGGUUCAGAUCAGCUUUUAAAAUGAUCAUUUCUGGGAAAAUAUUUCAAGGUGAUUUUACUAAUACGAACUUGUCUUGA